GACAGUGUUAAGGGUAGAGAGAGACCAAUGAAAUGCAAAAGAAAGAACAUUUCUUCAGCUUCCUCCGUGACUGUAGUAGUAGAAUAACGUAGUGGUAGUAAAGUAACAUCUGAGUUUCCCCAUUAAAACCAAGCUCUUCAGUUUCAUAACCCCACAUACCAUUGACAAUUCCACCCAAGAUCCCAUUAUCAGCACCCACCAUUGGAACCCACCGAGUACUCUUUUUUUCUUCCAGUUUCUCCUUCUAUAUAUAUAUGACCCACACUAGUUUCAUUCACUACCCAUUCUCUCUCUCUUAAAUCCCAGAUGGGUUUCAGUUUCAGGGUCAUUGCUCUGUUUCUGAUCUCUCUGUUUUGCCAAGCAAGUGCACAAAAUUUCCACAAUGUGACUGGCUUAAGAGGAAAAAAACCAGUAGUGAAUGGAGGGUGCAAUUUUUUCAUAGGAACAUGGGUUGUUGAUCCUUCCAACCAUCUCUAUGACUCUUCAUCUUGCCCCUUCAUUGAUUCUGAGUUUAAUUGCCAAAAGUAUGGAAGACCUGACACUCAGUACCUCAAAUAUGCUUGGAAACCUGAUUCAUGUGCCUUACCCAGGUUCGAUGGGAAAGAUUUUCUGAACAGGUGGAAGGGUAAGAAGAUAAUGUUUGUGGGUGAUUCACUGAGUCUGAACAUGUGGGAAUCACUGGCUUGUAUGAUUCACGCGUCGGUGCCGAAUGCAAAGACCAGCUUUUUGAGGAAAGAGUCACUGUCUACUGUGACGUUCCAGGACUAUGGAGUAACAAUACAGCUAUACCGCACACCAUAUUUAGUGGACAUCAUUCGAGAAAAUGUUGGUCGAGUGCUUACAUUGGACUCCAUUGUGGCUGGAAAUGCUUGGAAAGGCAUGGACAUGUUGAUUUUCAACUCAUGGCAUUGGUGGAUCCACACUGGAAAAUCUCAAGGAUGGGACUACAUCAGAGAUGGACCCAAUCUGGUGAAGAACAUGGACCGUUUGGAGGCAUACACUAAGGGAUUGACCACUUGGGCUAGAUGGGUUGAUCUCAAUGUUGAUCCCUCCAAAACUAAAGUCUUCUUUCAAGGCAUUUCCCCUACUCAUUAUCAAGGCAAGGAGUGGAAUCAACCUAAGAGAAGCUGUAGUGGACAACUUGAACCAUUAGCUGGUUCAACAUAUCCAGCAGGUCUACCUCAAGCAGCUAACAUCCUGAACAGUGUGUUAAAGAAGAUGAAUAAUCCAGUUUAUCUGCUUGACAUUACACUCCUUUCGCAACUAAGGAAAGAUGCACACCCUUCUACCUACGGCGAGGAUCACUCUGGCAAUGACUGCAGCCACUGGUGCCUGCCAGGGUUACCUGAUACAUGGAACCAGCUCCUGUACGCAGCUCUUACCAACAAUUGAUCCUGUAAUUUCUUCAUCCCUUGGUUAUGUGUUCUGUUGGUGACUUCAAAAUUUGUACAUUACUUGCAAGGCAGAGAUGCUAACCAGGGGUGAAAGUCGAUUGUAAAAUUAUAUGAUUCUUGGAUAAUAUACAAAAAAAAGUUUGUCAGAGAGAUCAAAACUCUUACAUAUCAAGAAAUGUACUUUACAAGAGUAUAAACUAAUUUUAUUGGAUCACAAAA